GCUUUGAACCGCUAUAUGAAACUACUUUUCAUCGGAGUCAUUCGCGGGUUUCGACGCAUGCUUGGCUCUUUCAAUGUCGACUCACUGGUGGUGAAGGAACGAAGGUUGUUUUUGGCUUUACUGGUCUUCCGCUUGAUCAACUCUCUUAUCAUCCAAACCACUUUUGUUCCGGACGAAUUUUGGCAAUCGAUUGAGGUUGCUCACAAAUGGACCUUUGGGUAUGGCUCACUCACAUGGGAAUGGCUCCCAGAUAUUGCUCUGAGAAGUCCGAUCUAUCCCCUCGUGAUUUCCUUCAUCUACCAACUUGCAUCGUUGUCCGGCCUGGAUUCCCAUCGCUUCAUUGUCACUGCCCCUCGUGUAUUCCACGCCAUCCUUGCCGCUGUUGCAGAUCUGCACCUCUACCGGCUCGUUGUGACACUAUGUGGAACGACACACGCUAAGUGGGCUCUAUUUCAUCAGCUUUUCAAUUGGUUCACCUUCUUUUGCGCACCAAGAACGCUCUCCAAUUGCUUGGAAUGGUGCCUCGUCGUAGUCGGUUUGGCUAAUUAUCCAUGGACUGUCGUUUGCGGCACUCACACAUUCCGGUCAGUUGAGCGAGGAUAUUUGCGGUUUAUUGUCCUUGCGAUCGGCUGUGUAGUUCUUCGCCCAACUGCGGCUGCGAUUUGGGCACCACUGUGCUUAUUGCAUUUGUAUCAAGUUUUUGCAGCAAACCGACAACAGCUAAACGGGGCAACUGGUAAAACAUCUGCUCAAAAACAACCUUCAUCUGCCUUCCUUUCUGUGCUGUUUUCAUACUGUACUGUCGGAGUUGCCUGCUUAGGACUCUCUUGUUUGGUGGAUAGAGUCUGUUUUGGUCGAUGGACUAUUAAUCAAUGGAAUUUUAUACUGUUCAACCUUCUCCGUGGUGGUUCACAAAUCUAUGGCUCCCAUUCAUGGCAUUGGUACCUUUCACAAGGAUUAUUUGCCAUGCUGUGGACACAAACUCCCUUUGUCCUGUUUGGCUUCAUCCUCCCUUGGUUGAAGGCGUCCACUAGCACAUCCCGCAAGUAUCUGCUCACAAAGAGGACAUUUCUCCCAGUUGAUGGUCGCAAGUCAAGCAAACUGAUUAUCUUUUUGUUCUCGUGGACCGUCUUUUGCUACAGCUGUCUGGCACACAAAGAGUUCCGUUUUAUUUUCCCACUGUUGCCAUUGGCCAUGUACCUGUGCGCAUCGGCUACCGUACGCUUGACAGAAUCCGCGCAGGUUGGCAAACUGCAGCGGGCUCGUCGAAGGUGGAUCGUCUUCCUACUGAUCGCCUUCACUCACGCCCCUCUAGGCCUCUAUACUACACUGGUUCAUCAGCGUGGCACCCUGGACGCUGUCACUGCUCUACACCGGGCUAUCGAAAACCAAAAGGUCGACCAUACAGGGCACAUGCGACCGAUGGCAGACAUUCAGGCGCUAGUCCUCAUGCCGUGUCACAGUUUUCCCUCUGUCGGAUACCUCCACCACAAUAUCACACUGAGGCAUUUGUCCUGCGACCCCGAUCUAUCAGCAUCGUUCAAAAACCGUCCAUACACCCACUCAGAUGAAGCAGACUCUUUCUACUUCAGUCCGAUCAGCUGGCUUUCACAAGAGCUGGGCACCGCUGGACAUCUGGGACCUCAGUAUAUCUUCCUGUUCGAUCACCUUUUUCAUGCUUUUCCCUCAGUUAAACAACUGUUAUUAAUAAAAAGGAAUUAUCGAGAAUGCGGACGUUUCUUUCACGCUCACUUUUUGACACAUGCGAGGCACGGAAAUUAUGUACUUGUCUUAUGUGCUCCAUCUGUUUCACUAUGAUAUACAUGUCCGAUUACU